GCAACAAUGAGUUUCCACAACGUUUCUGUCUUAAUAAUCGUUGACAUAUUAAUACGAAUUAUUCUUCGGUUUACACUCUCUAAAAAGUGUUUGCAGUUCCCGUUUGACCUAAAAAAGUCCAAUCUCCCACUGCGAGCAAAGAUCCAUGAAGGGAGUUGGUUUCUUCAGGGUGUAUUCCAUCUCACACUGCCAUGUUUCCACAGUAGACCAGAUGGGACGAACCAAACACUGGCCCUGGAGAGGGCCUUUGGCCUUCUUCCUCAGUCAGAAGGUUCUCCGAGCUGCUUUGAAAGGAAGAGCUGCUGAAACCGUCCCGUUUGGUAUUGGUCAGCAUCCCUCCUCGAUGACCCUUCUCAGAGUUUACCUGCGGAAGCCCCCUGCGAGUUUACCUGAGACACCGUCCUUCCUCCUCAGCACCCGUGGUCAGCUGAAGCUGUCAAUCAUCCAGGAACACGAAGUGCUUGUCGUCAGCGUUUUGGAGGCUAGGGACCUUGUGGAUGACUGCAACGGGUCAUGUGACUUUUAUGUAAAGGUCGGUAUGUGCCCGGACAGCGAUCCCAGUGACAGACAGAAGACUCGGAUGGUUCCUCGCUGCAGGAACCCCGUCUUCUUACAAACCUUUUCCUUCAAGGCGGACCUUCAUAAGAGACUGCUCUUCACAAUGUGGAACUCUGACUCCACUACAAGGAUGAGUGAGCUACUGGGAUGCAUGAGCUUUGGUGUGCUCUCGCUUCUGAAUCCAGAAAAGGAGGUUCAAGGAUGGUACUACCUACUUGGGGAAGAGCUGGGGAGGAAGAAGCACCUUAAAGUGCCCACACAACACAACUACAACUCCCCUGAGGCCGUGCUGUCAAACCAUGGUGCUGCCCCCGAGACCCAUCGGCCUGAGAAUAUGCAAUGCUUAACGGUGACCAUCCUUCGAGGAAAGGAUGGAUAUGGCUUCACCAUCUGCUCAGAUUCCCCGGUGAGGGUGCAGGGUGUGGAUCCAGGUGGUCCAGCGGAUCAGGCAGGUCUGCAGCAGCUGGACACUCUCCUGCAGCUAAAUGGUCAGCCAGUGGAGCAGUGGAAAUGUAUGGACUUGGCCCACGCUAUCAGGAACAGUGCGCAUGAAAUCAUACUAGUGGUGUGGCGCACCGGCCCUUCAGCCAAACCUAGUUUCGAGGGCCUCAUCCACCGGCCGUCCUACAAGUCGUCCGCCUCAAACUAUGAAGCCCCCUCGCCCCCCACGCGCCGGCGUGCGCCAGAUGUUGGAACCAGCAAAACCCCCCCGGCUGUGCCGCCUCUCCCGGCCCACCACCGCGCCAGCGCCAGUCGCAGGCUGCUGCUCAACGGCUCCGAAGCCGGACACGGCGGCGGCGGCGGCGUGGGCUCAGGGACCCUCGGGUGGGGCGCCCAGGGAGGGUCGGCCGAGGAGCUGGACAUGCAACCGCGACACCUGCCCCAUCCUCACACUGCCACACUGAAGGGCACCAGGGUGAAGGCAUCCAACGGGGACAACUACAUCAUCCUGGCCCCCAUCAACCCCGGAAGCCAGAUCUUAAGGCCUGUUUACCAAGAGAACCAGGGAACGUUAGCUGCCAGGCUUUAUCCCACCCGGCAGGGCUCCGGACUGGAGCCCCAGGCUGGUGGGGGUGGAGGUGCUUUUUCCGGAGGUAUGGGUGGGGGUGGUGGUGGUGGUGGUGGUGGCUUCUCCAGCCGCACUGGCUUCCUGCGCCGGUCUAACAACUCCAAGACCACGAAGGCGGCGCCCACCUCCGCCAAUGCCGGCGGCCCCAACUACCAACAGCAGAAUGCCAACUUUGCCAAUUACCAGAACUGUACCAUUGUGCGCUCACACACUCCACAUGGCAACUACGGAUACGUCAAAGUGGCACCCAAGAUCCUUAUCUUCCCCAUCUUCGUUCAGCCGCUUGACCUGUGCAGCCGAUCUCUCAUCAUAUCCGAGGAGAUGAUACUACAUGAGAGCAAGCACCAGUCUCUCAAGGUGACUGUGUUCAUCUACAGUGACCUGAUGCUGGUGACACGAGAAGAUGAGCCAGGCCGGUGCAACGUCCUUCAGAGUCCCCUGUUCCUCCGGCAGCUGAGGCUCCAGGACGAUUAUGCUGAAGAGUUGAGGUUCUACCUUAUCCACAUGACCGAGAAGUGCGACUGCUUGCUCAGCCUCGAAGCCUAUUCAGCGGACCAGAAGCGCCGCGUGUGUCAGUGUCUGAAGGACAACAUUGACAAGCAGCUCCAGCUUCACAGGAGGGAGCCUGCCUUUCCGCAUUUUGAGCAGAUGUUGGAGCCCAACGUGGAAGACCCUUCCUGCGAACUGGGCGGAGUCAGUGGAGACCGCGGCGGCGUGUGCCUCCACCUGCCCCCCCGCAGCUCAGAAGGCGAGGACAGCAGCCUGUACCCCUCCAGUCCCUCCGAGCCGCUAACCCUGGGCAGCCCCCACCCCUCGGAUCCUCUCACCCCUCUGGACGACAUCUACAUGCCCCUCGGGGGUCUGCUGGGAUCCGAGGAGCGACACAAGGUGCCUCCCACGCCACCUCCUUCCACAGAGGGCGAGGACUGGAGGAGCAUGGAGGGGAACGAGAUGGAGCUGUGGAAAGAGGCGAGUACCUUGGAGUACCGGAGAAGGGGGGAGGAGGACGAUGGGGCCAGCAGGAAGAGUGCCGGUAGCGAGGGGGACGAGAAGGAAGAAGAAGAAGGAGGAGGAGGCAGGGGAGAGGAGGAGCGAGCGAGGCGCGAAGAGGAGGUCAACCUAAACCUGGCGGUGUCAAACGCCGAUGAGGACAACGCCUCGGAGCCGCUGGACACCAACGCUCCCCCCUCCUCCUCCUCCUCCUCCUUCGUCAUCCCCGAGCUGCGCCUCGAUCGCUCCUUCAGUGCCGACGCGCUCUCCUCACCCCACACCGACGAAGAAGAGUACGACGAGGACGAGGACGAAGACGAGGAGUCCGAAGAGGAGGAGGAGGAAGAGGAGGAGGAAGACGAGGACGACAGCGACGACGCCUACCUGCAGCGCAGCGACAGCAAGCGCCGCAGCAUGGUGGAGGGGGCCACCUGCGAGAAGCACGGAGGGGGGGGCCUCAGUGUGCAGAACUCCCUGCGCAGGCGCACGCACAGCGAGGGGAGCCUCCUGCAGGACCCCCGCUCGCCUUGUUUCACCUCAGACAACGCCAUCAACUGCCUGGAGGCCGGGGGCGGGCACCACAAGGGCGGCUGGACACUGCCGUCCCCUAAGACCCUGAAGAAAGAGCUGACCAAGAAUGGAGGCUCCAUGCAUCAGCUGUGUAUGCUGUUCUCUGGGAGGAAGCUGAGCUCCGGAUCCCCCUGUAGCUGUGAGGUCAGCCCCGACGGAACAAAGAAGAAAAGAUCCAAGAACCUGGCCAAAGACAUGAAGAACCGGCUGGCUUUCCUGCGGAGGAGGAAUGAAUCCCCAGGAAGCAACCCAGCCAGCAAGUUAGACAAAUCUAUGAAGUCAGUCAAGCCCACCCCGGAGGAAGCACUGAAAUGGGGGGACUCACUUGACAAGCUGCUGACUCACAAAUAUGGUCUGGCAGCGUUCAGAGCUUUCCUUCGCACCGAGUUCAGCGAGGAGAAUCUGGAAUUCUGGCUCGCAUGCGAAGAAUACAAGAAGGUCAAGUCGCAAUCCAAGAUGGCGUCAAAAGCCAAAAAAAUCUUUGCAGAGUACAUCGCUAUCCAGUCUUGUAAAGAGGUAAAUCUGGAUUCGUACACCAGAGACCACACUAAGGACAACCUGCAGAAUGUGACACGCUCCUGCUUCGAGCUGGCACAGAGGCGGAUAUACGGGCUGAUGGAGAAAGACUCAUACCCCCGCUUCCUCCGCUCAGAACUUUACGUGGACUUAAUCAACCAAAAAAAGGCCACCUCCACCUCGACUUCAUCUUCCUCAUAAGACACCAGAAGACGAUCAAAGGAGGAGGGGAACAUGACGAUGAGAGAGAGAGAGAAAAAAAAGAGAAAGGGUCAGACUUGAAAAAAAGUAGAGAGGGGUGGGUGGGAUGCGAGGGUCUUUGUUUUGCUUUUUUUUUUCUUCUUUUUUUACAAAUUGCUUUGUGUAUGUCAUCCUGUCCACUAUGAUGUUUUUAUUUUUUGCCUGUUAUGGUGUGUGUGUGUGUGUGUGUGUGUGAGAGGACGCAGCAAAGAGCGGUGGCACUGCAAAGGAAUGUAGUUUUACACAGUUACCGGGUGGAAGGAUGAAUGAAUGGACCGAUGAAUAGACGGAUGGGCGACACAAAAGACCCGGAAGCCCACCAACGAGGGGGCGGAGCCGGGAGCCGGACGCUCGUCUGAUCACUGUCUGUCUUUUUUGUGCUGUCAGUCUUUUGAGUGAUUUAACGCACUGGAGAAAAAGGGGGGAGAGGGGGGCGCUCUGAAAACCCUGCAGACAUGAAGACAGUCCGGUACUGUUUUUCACUUUUUUUUCUUUUCUUUAAUUGCCUCUUAAUGCUCACACUUUAAAUCCCUUCCUCUACCACGUUCUCUGUGAAGCCGCUUCGACGCUGUGGGUACGACACAAAGUUUGUUUUAUCAUCCUCAAACUGUAUGACCGAGGGUGAAAAAAAAACAACCAAUAUGUCUGAUUUAAAGUUAAGGCUUUUUUCACACGCAUCUUAAAACACCGACACCCUCCAAAAGCUUCUAUAAACAGCUUUCACCUCACUCGGCUCAUGGCGAGACUGUGGACGACAAAGACACAGAGGCAGGGACGAGCCAAAGGACAGCGGACGGAGCGGAGCUGGGAUAAAGCCUCCUGUCUUUCAGGACUGCAUUCAACGAGAAAAAAAGAAGAAGAAGAAGAAAACGCUCUGUGCAGCCCAAAAAACAUUUCCUUUUAACAUUGUAGCUCAUUCUGGACUAAUCGAGGAAGUAUUCUCAGGACAUCGCCGUGACGUGUUCCAGCUUGGUUUAACUUCUGUUUUUUUUUUUCUACACACUCACUGUUUUUACAUGCUUUAGGGUUCCAACCUGCACUCCUUAGUUCUACUGAGCAAUACACAAAGAGGUUGCUGGUUUUAGUAUUCAGUGGAAGAAAAAAAAAGAAAGAUGCUUCAUGUUGUACAAAAAGUUUGCCUAUUUAUUUAGAUCAACUUGCUGGAUGCUUUUACAGACACCCUCACCUCCUCCAAAGCACUCAGCUACAAGCUCUCACUUUCCUCUUAACCACCAAACAGGUCCAGUGCUGUCCUGACCUUUAAGUGCAAUAUUGUUUUUUUUAAUGUUAUUAUUAUGUUUGGGUUGUGCAUUUUUUUUUGGAUGAUUUUGAGGUUUUCUGGGGAAGACGAAUGGCUUGAGCUCUGUUUGACUUUAUUUGUUAAGAGUAAAAAAAACAAAAAACGUAUUGCUAUAAGGUUGACUUACAACGUAAACUUUCAAGAAGCAUAAGUAGUUUAAUGCAUUUUAAGCAAGUGAUUCUAACCGUGUUACAACCCCUGGCAGCAGGCAGCCGGGGGGCAUUUUGGUUGUAAAUAUAAUUCUUUAAAAAAAAUGUGAUAACACAUUAAAAAUAAACAAAAAACAAAGCCCAUAGGUCUCUGCUGGUGUACGUGGGACCCAGCUGUAUUUAUGUAAAUAUGAGAGACUCAAAACUUUAAGAUGAUGUGUAUUGUUUAAAAAAAAAAAAAGUAGAUGAGCAAGAGCAGGAGCAAUGUGCUCUUUUCCCUGGUCAUACACUGCUUGUAAGGAGUUCUCUGAAAGGCAAUUUAUCAUUUUCACUGUUUACAAUUCAAAAUGCAUCUCUUAUGAAAGCAAGUGAAAACAGUAGAGUACAUUUGGUGUCAUUGCUAAAGAUAAAUAAACCAACCAACUGAUGAAGUAA